ACGUUGUUAUACUUAAAGACGCGACGUUACUUUGCACCUGUAUGUUUAUUGUCAAUCAAGAAAUGAUAUGCCGUCAUCAAUUCAGGGUGCUUAUUCAGUCAGACAACGCGAUAUUUCAUAUUUCACACAUUCAUACACGUUGGUUUAAUUUAAGUUCAGAUCCGCCUACCAACUCAACGGGUUUUAUUACGAUUGUAAAUGGUGAAAAAAAUCAUACAACGAUACCAUUGAGUUACAUAAAUCAAUUAAGAACAGAUAAUGUAUAUACUCCGACGAUCAGAGAAAAGGUCAAUAAAAAAAUUCAAUAUGGCGCCGCGAUGUCUAUAGCUAAAACGAGUAUUCAAAUCGCUGUUACGGAAGAUGUUACAGCUGAAUUAAUCGGAAUUUUGACGCAAUUUAUUAUGAAAUAUCGUAGAAGUACCGGGUUAAGCAUUGAAAAGAGUACCGAAUCAUUACAGGAUUCGCAAGGAUCUUCUAUUCAAGAUAAUCUUCAACCUUUAUCCGUUCUUCCUGAUAUAUCAAAUCCUGAGUAUCACAAACCAAAAGGACGACCUCCAAAGCGGUAUAAAUCGACGGUAGAAAAUAAUCGUAUUACAUCAGGAAAACCCGAUGAUGUAACAGUACAGAAAACAUGCAGUUAUUGCUCCGGAAAAGGUCAUAAUAUCCGUGGAUGUCCAAAAUACAAAGCUGAAUCAUCCGCCAAUAAAGAAAACGAAUACUUAGUUUAG